GCUAGGUGGCAGUGAUUAUGCCCUUCUAGUAAACCACGAGAUUUUGCUACUUGAGGUAAAAAGAAUUAGAUAGUGCCGAACAAUGGGUAACAAUUCAUCUGGAGUUCAAGUUUCUGGACCCCUGGGCAUUGUGAAUGUCAGUGAGAACAAAGAAAACUCUUCAGAGCAGGUGAAGCAUGCAGAUAAAUCCAACAACUCCCAGAAUGACAGCCAAGCCAAACACGAGUCAGCUGUGGGUAGAUGCCCACUGGAUAAAGCUGAAAGCCAGUCAGCUGGCCAGUUUUAUGGUAGUGAAUGUCCCAUGAGAGCUAACAUUAAGGAAAAAGAAACUUAUAACCCAGCAAACAUGAUGCCACCUCCAAACCAAAGGCCAGCCUCUGACCAGCCCUUUCCACUGUCGACACAGAGAGAGAAGUCGACUAUCCCUAAAGCCGGAACAGAGAAUGAAACGUGGGAGUAUCCCUCACAACAGAUGUUCUGGAAUGCCAUGUUGAGGAAAGGGUGGAACUGGCGAGAAGCCGACUUAACUGCAGAAGAUAUGGCUCAUAUUAUUAGAAUCCACAACAUAAACAAUGAAGUUGCGUGGGAAGAAGUGCUGAAGUGGGAAGCUUUACAUGCCAAGGAAUGUGAUUGCAUCAAGCUGAAAAAAUUUGGUGGUAAAGCUCAAGAAUAUUCACCGAGGGCUAGAAUAAGAAGCUGGAUGGGGUAUGAACUUCCUUUCGAUCGACACGACUGGAUAGUUGAUCGCUGUGGGAAAGAUGUACGAUAUGUAAUCGAUUACUACGAUGGCGGCAGUGUGGAUAUGCAAACGGGAAAGUUCGCCAUCUUGGAUGUCCGACCAGCCUUUGACUCCUUGGAGGCAGUCUGGGAUAGAAUGAAAGUCGCAUGGUGGCGUUGGACAGUAAAAGACAAAAAUGAUUCAUGAUAAGACAUUCUGUUGUUAAUUCUUUCUCUUCAUCUUUAGCAGCAAGUUAGUGAGGUAGAAUUGAGAUCGUGUAAGCAGUGGUUACUAGUAUGUGUGUGAUUAUACAUAUGUGUAUAGAUGGCACUGCCGUGUCAAAUGACAAAUAAUUACAGUUUAUUUCAAUCUAUUUUGUCUUAAUGUUGCACUAGAGAUUAUAUUUGUUAAUUUAUGAGUUUUUUUUUUCAAACUUCAUUGUUGUGAAAAUGUACAUUUAUUAUGCUUAAUAAUUGUACCCACUUGUGUACCGAAGCAUAAGUUUGAAUCAAAAAUGGUAAAUCUAGACAGACGGAAGUUGAAUUAUUUGGAAAUUGGUGUGCUAACCUUUACUAUUACUCCAUUUGUUUAAUUGCAUUACUUACUAGCGAAUGUGUCAUUUAUCCUGAUUAUUAGCUGAUGCACCCAUUCAAAACAUGGGGAUGACAUCAUAAUUCUGACACCCAUAUCACUCCCUGCAGGCAUAAGGGUACAUGCUAGGUUUUAUCCAGCACUUCGUCAGUUAUAAGUGAGCACACGCACACUUUGUCAUAUAACGUUCUAAGCAAGGAAAGCUUGACGGACAAGUAUGUGUUUAAUAAUAAUUUUCACUUUCUGUAUUCUAAAGUAUUGCACCUAGUUCAGAGGACAGUUUGAAACUUUGCAGGGUAUGAUUGUCAGGACAUAAGACACAAAAGCGAUUUGCUACCAGGUAUCUCGUCACUGAUGCGUUUCCCAUCUAGUUGGUAGUAGAGUGUCACUAAUCUGGCAGUAGUUUCUUGUAGAAUGAAGGUCGUAAACGAUCUGUACUCUUGUGCAGUGGAUGAAAGGAUGUAUGUUGCUUAGGGACACUUCCAAAAAAUGUCUUAUUUAUUCUAUGUUCAAACCCCUUUCCCACACACACCAUUAAAACUAAAGCACCUUUUUAAAGGUUUGCGUUAAUGAAGGUAGCAGCUUAUGGUAACAAUCAUUGGGAUUCUCUUACAUCAAAAAUCACCUGAUAUAUUUCCCAUCUUUAUUAUUUUAUGUCUUAGUAUCAAAAUACUUGAAGUAUUAAAAUUAGCCAAAGAAUCAGUGAUACAUACGUGUAUAGAAAAUUAAUAAUGGCACAGAGGAAAAAUUACAACAGAAAAACUCAAUAUUACAUGGGUGAACCUCCUUUCCAAGGAUCUGGAAUUUUAACCCCAAGCAUAUCCCCUACUUACAGAGGAUAUCACUUCUAGAACAUGUUAUGUAUAUCCCCUACUUACAGAGGAUAUCACUUCUAGAACAUGUUACGUAUAUCCCCUAUUACAGAGGAUAUCACUUCUAGAACAUGUUAUGUAUAUCCCCUACUUACAGAGGAUAUCACUUCUAGAACAUGUUAUGUGUUUUUUUUAAUACAAGUUUUUACUCAUUAUUGGAUAUAAACAUUGUUAGCUUAGAAACCUCAGGAGUACCUUCAUUUCAGCCAAGUAUUUAUUUUAGAUAGAACUGUACUAGAAUUACUGUCAUUUAACAAGUAACAACACUUCAAAUAACUAAUUCAUGAGGAGACAUUGUUCAGAUGUUGCAUUCAUUUUGUAGCCUAAAAUUAUUAGAUGUCAUUUUUAAUUUUUGAUCUAGAAUAAAAGUUAUAAGUGUAGAAAGUAUAAGAAUGAUUUAGUGUUAUUUGUUGCAUAACAAGUUAUUUUAAACAUUCACUUUUGUUAGAAAAUAAACAAUUGGAGAGAAAUACUACACAGUUAUAGAGAAACUGGAUAGUGAAUAGGUACUGAGGAGAAAGGAAACCAGCACACAUAAUUUCACCUAUAAUUUGAAGAGAAAUAUAAAUAUUAGACACCAACCAAUAAAGUUAUUUGGUGUAAAUUUAAAAAGACAGACUAGGCCUAGAAUCACGUAAUUACUGUUAACUGAUGAUAAUUGAUAGUAUUAGAUCGAAACAUUGUAACAUGUAAAAAGCGUAUCUACGUCAUCAGUAAGUUUACCUCUACUAAACAGUGAACAAUUUGAAAAUAGCAUACAAUGUUUAAGGCAGUACUUGGAGUAUUUAUAAAUCUAUUGUAAUAUGAACAACAUUAAAGUUUGAGUGAUAUUAU